UUUGUAAUGUAAUAAUGAGUGUAAGCAUAGAGUGUAAGCAAAUGGACACAAAUGUCAUCAAAUAUUAGUAGUAUUUGUUUGUCACUAAUGUCUGCAUCAAUAGUAUAGCCAUUGAGUGCACCAUUUGGUCGCACUUUACGAUCUGUUGUGUAUGUCUUUAGUGUCCAAUCAAUGGUCAAAAUGAGUGCAUUUCAUGUCUAGUCUUGUCAUUAAAACAAUUGUUUACGUCAUUGAGUUGUUUUUGAUUGACUGACUGACUGACUAAACAAUGGCCGCCAUCGAUGAAGAGAUGGCAAACUAUACGUCAUUACCGGCCUUCAAGACUCGUGAAAAUAUGUUUUUGGAUCAACAGUUGCGAAACAUUCAGAGUAUGAUCCGACUGACAAAAAGCAAUUUGGAAGCACUGAACGCCCGGUUCGCUCAAUACCAACAUCCGCCAUCCAUGUAUAUCGCAGAAUAUGAAGACUUGACCUCUAAAUUAAAUGAUUUUCAACGUCAAGAAGAAAAGAUACUCGAACUCAUGACAGUCUAUGACUAUGAAGACUCACCCAUUGAUUUGAUUGACAAUAAUUACGAGCUGUUGGCCAAUGCAUCUUCGGGAUCGGCUUCCAGUUCAAGUCAACCGCGAACACCACUUAAAUCUGUAAUGAGGGCCCACCUGCCAAACCAACAGCGAACCAGUGUUCAGGUGACUCCUGGAAUGACAGUUCGUGAAGCACUGUCUAAAGCUAUGAGAAGAAGAAAGUUAACGCCAGAGAUGUGCAGUCUUUUCAUAUAUCAUAAUAAACAACCCAUUGAAUGGGACAGAGAUAUAUCAUCACUUGAAGGACAGGAAAUAUUAGUUGAAUCUCGUGAACGGUUUCCCAUUCAUACUAGUAUUUCUCAUAAUUACGUUCGCAAAACAUUUUUCACAUUAGCCUUUUGCGAGUGUUGUCAUAGAUUAUUAUUUCACGGUUUUCGUUGUCAGACAUGUGGCAUACGGUUUCAUCAACGGUGUGCUAAUGCCGUUCCUUCACUGUGUCAACCAUUACGAGUCGAAUCUAAUUAUUACCGACACUUACUGGCGCUCAACGAUCAGUCAACAUAUCUGUCUAAUUCAAAGCCAUCAGAAGUCGCAUCUCAAUCAUCUCAAGCAUCACAAAAUAGGUCGACACCUUUGGGCCAGAGAGAGAGGUCUACUUCGGCACCAAAUGUGUGUUUCAAUCUAGUCUCUCACACUGAACUUACCAUGGAAGAAUUUCGUACAUUAACUGGAGUUUGUCCAUCAAUUGUGUCUCCUUUGAACUUACGUCGAGUCAAUCCUUAUGCGACACUUAGAGGAAAAGGAGGUAUGGCAUUUGAUAAUUUAGCGCCGCCUCACUCGUCCGGUACAAUAGCUACCAGUUCGACGUCCGGAUAUCAGGGUUCUAUGUCUCCGUCUUCAUCGCCCACUCGGACGCAAUCAGCUGGUGGUUCCCCCACAAGCAUUCGUCAACAAUGGCGCCCCAGAGCCCGAUCAGCUGACGAAUCAUCAAAAAAGAUUAGACCGGUUUCUGGUGGAAGAGAAUCUAUUGAAGACUGGGAAAUACCUCUUGAAGAGAUACUUACCGGACCGCGAAUAGGCUCCGGUUCUUUUGGAACAGUAUACCGGGGCCAUUGGCACGGACCUGUUGCUCUCAAGAAACUUAAUGUCACAAAUCCUACACCCGCUCAGCUUCAAGCUUUCAAGAAUGAAGUGGCAGUACUUCGGAAGACACGUCACGUUAAUAUUUUACUAUUUAUGGGUUGUGUGUCACGACCUCAGCUUACUAUUGUCACUCAAUGGUGUGAAGGGUCGUCAUUAUAUAAACAUUUACACGUUUUAGAAACCAAAUUUGAAUUAUUACAACUUAUUGACAUUUCAAGACAAACAGCACAGGGAAUGGAUUACUUGCACGCAAAGAAUAUCAUUCAUAGAGACAUGAAAUCUAAUAAUAUUUUUCUUCACGACGACCUUACUGUCAAAAUUGGUGACUUUGGUUUGGCUACUGUUAAGACUCGAUGGCAGGGUUCACAUCAAUUCAAUCAACCGACCGGUUCUAUACUAUGGAUGGCACCCGAAGUGAUCCGAAUGAAAGAAGCCAAUCCUUAUACUUUUCAGAGCGAUGUUUAUGCAUUUGGAGUUGUAAUGUAUGAGUUAGUCACUGGUUAUCUGCCGUAUCAACACAUUAAUAAUAAGGAUCAGAUUUUGUUUAUGGUUGGACAUGGAUUAAUACAUCCGGAUCUUAAUAUAAGUCGAAACGAUACACCCAAGGGUUUCACGCGUUUAAUAGAAGAUUGUAUACUAUUUAAUAGAGAAGAACGUCCUCUUUUUCGUCAGAUUUUGGCGACAUUAGAGCAUCUGUUGCGAUCAUUGCCCAAAAUUCAUAGGUCGACAUCAGAACCUACAUUAAACCGAACUCAUCUGCAAUCCGAUGACUUUUUGGGAACAGUAUGUGCGUCACCCAAAACACCGAUAAACUCACAAUUUGGUGCAUUCCCUUUCUUUACUACUGGAAAUAUUUGAGUCAAUUAUUUUUUAUUAUUAAUUACUAUUUAUAUAUAUAUUAUUUUUGUUGAGAAUUGACUCCAUAAACAAAUC